AUGUUGGGGUGUUCGCGCGUGUUUCGGCGUCUAUACUCUUUCAAGACCCAGUACGAGCGGGUAGCGCAAUGUCCUGGCCCUGCAGUGGACACUGGGUGUACGCACUGCGAGCUGCCCAAGUUCCCAGCAAAUAAGCAAAUCGACUACGAUCGGCCUUUAUCCAAGACGAAGGCAAACCCAUGGAAACACAUUCUUGUGCUCUCUGGCGAUCCAGACUACAGGAACUGGCCCAGUAGGUUUGAGACCGCGCCUGGAACGGUGAUUUCUGAGAUACAGGCACAUAAACGGCAGAUCAUCGAUAUGUUCCACCCGGUGUUGACUAGCAUGACUUCUUUGCAAGAGAAGCCGGCCACACAAGACAAUGUCGUUUUUGGAAUAUACCCUGAUGGACUAAGAGUUGAAGUUCCCCGGGAUAAAGUGGAAGAGUUUAUGAUCGGAUAUUUAAGUACGAUACCCGAAAAUCUAGAUGAAGCCGAUUCCAAAGAGAUGGAAACGCUCCAGAACAGUUUCCGGGCGCAGUUUGCGAGUCGGCCUUUGGAAAACGACCUGGUUCUUAUCUGCGGUCAUUUAAAACGGGAUGUCAGGUGCGGGGAGCUAGCUCCGCUGAUAAAGAGCGAAUUUGAAAAAGUUAUUCAAUUGCAGGGAGUUGGCAAUACCCAGAUAGGAAUAGUGUCACAUAUUGGAGGACACAUUUACGCGGGGAACGUGUUGAUAUUUAAGCGGAACGGUGACGUGAUCUGGUACGGGCGCGUGCUGCCGGAGCAUGUGCAAGGAAUUGUGAAGCUGACCCUUGUGGAAAACAAGAUAAUUGAGGAGCUGUACAGAGGAUAA